AGCCGAACGAAUCCGAACCGAAGUCAGAAAUCUAUUUUCGAGAUAACCUUCACAGGAGUAAAUGAAUUGAUAACAAGCAGAAAGUAUCGGUGGCCUAUUUUGUAUUUGGUGUUAAAACUAAAAACAAUACCACUAAUAGUGAUAUUUGUUCCAUACUGAAGAUGAAUUCAUUAAAUAAAGUUUUAGUUUUAAGUUCUACGAUACCGAAAAGUGUCAGGCUUAUUUCAACAACAAACUCUCGAUCAAUUUCUGACGAUGGAUGGCUCUCGAAGUUACUUGUGCGAAAGAUAGAACCGACCAAAGAAUCCCAUAGCCGUAUGCUUAGCGACAAGGAGAUUGUAUACGCUUUGCAUACUCACAACAUUCGACCGGACUCGGUGGAUAAAUACUUACAAAACUAUAAAACAUCAGCAGCAUUUGUGGAGUCUCGCAAGUCAGAGUUGGGAUGUGAAUUGGUUGGAUCAUGGACUGUGUCAGUAGGGGAUAUGGAUCAGGCGCUGCAUUUGUGGCGCUAUGUCGGUGGUUUUGAGAAGAUUGACAAGGCCAAGAUUCUUUUCAAAGAAAAUCCUGAUUAUAGUGCUCUUGAAAAGGAGAGAGGCAAUUUUGUGAGAUCGCGCCAUCUCCAGUAUUUACUAGCGUUUAGCUUCUGGCCUUCAGGGGAGCCGCGGACGGACAAAAACAUUUAUGAGAUUAGAUCUUACAGUUUAAAACCAGGCACAAUGAUUGAAUGGGGAAACAACUGGGCCCGCGGUCUCACCUACAGACGCUCGCAGAAUGAAGCGUUCGCUGGAUACUUCUCCCAAAUUGGCCGACUGUACAAUGUCCAUCACAUUUGGUGCUACAAAGAUCUCCAAGCGCGGCGCGAGACCCGCGAGAGCACGUGGCGCAACCCGGGCUGGGACGAGUGCGUGGCGUACACCGUGCCGCUCAUCCGGGAGAUGCACUGCCGCAUCCUGGAGCCCACAGAGUUCUCGCCUACGCAAUAAGCUACACUCGCGAUACGUAUCCUAGGAUAAAAGGGACUGUACAAAUGACUUUGGCAGCUAUUCAUGUCUACAACUAUGUCCUACUAAUAUUAUAAACGCGAAAGUUUGUAUGUUUGUUACUCUUUAACGCUGCAACUACUGAACUGAAAUUUGGAAUGGAAAUAGAUUUUACUCUGAUUUAACACAUAGGCUAUACUCUUUGUCCCGAAAAAUUCUAUUCUGAUUCUGAUGAUUUUAAUGGUAUGAAUGUUUGUUACUCGUUCCACGCCGCGAUUAUGAAUCACCUGGAAUUUGAAGUAGAGAUAUAUUAUAGUCUGGAUUAACAAGUAGGCUACUUUUUGUCCGGGAAAAAUCCAUGGUUCCCGAGGGAUUUGUAAAAAACCAAAUUACACGCGGGCAUCCGCUAGCCCCCCCGUCGACUGCAUAUCAUUGGAGUGUCAUCAACAAACUUGCCAAGCUAUAGUGUUGUAUCCGCAGCAGAAUGUGAGGUGAGGCGAGGCAAUACCUACAGUUUGAACGGUCAGGAGGGUUAUUAUAUAUCUCAGACCUCGGUGUAUCUACCAUUUUUUUAACCAAAUAACAUAUUUGUGGUCAUUUGACGCAGUGGCAUUACAGCAGUGUGAUAGUUGUAAGUGGUAACGUUCAACGAAAAACCGUUGUCGUAAUUUCGUUGAAAUAAUCGUAUUAGAUGAUCAUAAAAAAUAUAACGGCCUCUUGUUGUAAAAUGGCGUAGCCAUGAUCAUGAUCACAAAAACGACGUGUUGACUCAUUAUUUGAGUGCUACGAGUACACCAAGAUACAUAAUGAUUACCUACUGAAAAUCAAGUUGUAAUUAAAUUGUACUAAAAAUAGUGAUUAUUGAAAAUCAAGUUGUAUACAAAAAAUAUAUACUCAAUAUGCUGAGUAUCUGAAUUUUCGUCGUAAUGGUAAAUAAUAUACUAAAGUCCAAAAUUUCUACAAGUAUUUCAAACACUACAUUUCGUAUGUGUGAAAAUUACAUAGUCCUCGUCAUAAUAUCUAGGGUUAUACUAAAUUAAGAAGUAAUAGAGUUCUGUAGUUGGACUUAUUGGAUUUGGAGAUAUUAGGGCGUUUAAAUUUUUAAUAAACAAGUGUGUAGGACGUGUAUUUUUUAAAUUGAGCCUUUAAGCAUGUUGUAAUCCAAAAUUUUGCCUUGCAUUUAUAUAACCUCAAAAUUGAAUUUAAUAAUAUGUUGAAUAAUUAUUAAGAAAGUUUUAUCAUGUCUUGUCAAACAUGUUUUUUAGGUAUAGUGUUACAACAUAUCGUCACUCGAAGUGAACCUUAGGAUACGUAUCUAAAAUAAUUGAACCAUCAUCCCUAGACUAAGUCAAAGUAAUAAUGUAAAUAGAAAUGUAAAUCACACAAAUGUUUUAUAACCGUCUAAGCGUAACUGCGGCAUUUUUAAUGGCUAAAGAUGAAAUCAAAUAUUUAAAAUAAAAUGUUAUACCUUUACAAAUUA